AUGCGCACAUUCACUCAGGAAACACCGCCGGGCAUUAUGAGGCGAAGCGCUCCCAGCCCAAGCACAAUUGCUGUGGACGAUGGCACUUUGCCAAGUGACUUACAGAUUCCAGACUUCAAGUACUUCACGCAUUCAAUGUUGGCCCACUUACCACGAUUUCUAGAUGCAGGACACACCGGUGUAAAUCAGUUAGGUGGUGUAUUUGUGAAUGGUCGUCCACUACCGGAUACAACACGACAAAAAAUUGUCGAACUUGCUCAUGGCGGAGCCCGACCUUGUGAUAUCAGUAGAAUUCUUCAAGUCUCCAAUGGAUGUGUUUCGAAAAUCCUAUGUCGUUACUACGAAUCCGGUACAAUUCGACCGCGGGCUAUUGGAGGAUCGAAACCAAGAGUGGCAACAAAUAACGUAGUGGAGAAGAUCGAAGAGUAUAAACGGGAACAGCCAAGUAUAUUCGCAUGGGAGAUCCGCGACAAAUUGCUUACGGAUCAUAUAUGCUCCCAGGAUACCAUACCGAGUGUUUCCUCCAUCAAUCGAGUCCUACGUAACUUGGCUGCGCGUAAAGAGCAACAAGCUAUGCAGACCGACUUCUACGAUCGUCUACGAUUCGUGGAUCCAAAUCUGGCAUAUUCUGGACAGUGGUAUAAUCAGUGGACAACAAUGCCGAUGCCUGGAGUUGGUCUUACACCGUUUUCAUCGCUUCCUCAUCAAGCACCUGUUGAAACUAAGAAAGAUCCAGAUGACGAUCAAAAACCACCGAAUGAUCCAGAUGAGGACGCAGCUGCACGUAUGCGACUUAAACGAAAACUACAGCGUAACCGCACGUCUUUCAGUCAGGAACAAAUUGAAGCUCUUGAAAAAGAAUUCGAACGAACACACUAUCCAGACGUUUUCGCUCGGGAACGACUCGCUCAAAAAAUAGGACUUCCUGAAGCACGGAUACAGGUCUGGUUUUCAAAUCGCCGUGCAAAAUGGAGGCGGGAAGAAAAGCUACGAAAUAAGCGACCAGGCGGUCUUGUGGAUACAUCGAUGUCAAAUGGUACACCAACACCAACGGGUUCGGGUCCCGGAAGUGCUAUCGACGGAUCUCCAGCACCACCACCAAAUCGUUUCCCACCUAAUCCGACAGCAGUUAGCACAAGUUUUGUGCCGCCUACUGGUCAAAUGUAUCCUGGAUUAGCCCCACAAGCAAUGGAUCCUUAUGCAUUUGGUUUCGCCAAUGCCGGACUUGGCAUGGCACCGUAUCAGCCAACCGCAGAUUUCAGCUCACAUCAUAUGUUCAAUGCGAGCACGCGAUCACCCUAUGACGCAUUCCAUCCAUACGCUCGAGCAAUGCCAACCAGCGGUGGACCGUCAUUUCAACCGUCAAUGAAUCCUACCACAACAUCCGUUGGAGGUCUCGGAUCGAGUAUGGGGCUACCCGUUUCGGCUGUAUUAAGCACUAUCGAUCAACCAUCUCUCGGACAAUCAUCCAUGCAUGAUUUGGGUGACGGACAACAACAUGAACAGUACUGGCGACAAUGA